AUGGAGGGUCCCACAAGCAGGGGUGGCCUCAAGCCACGUAGCUCUGGCAGCCGCCCCAUCCCCAGGUACAGUUCUGCAGACUCAUGCUCUCCCUGUCUCUCUGACUUCAACCAGGACUCUCUGGGUAACAGCACCACCCCCGAGUACCCCUAUGAAGACUCCUUGACCCUGGGACCAGGGCCAGUGGACAAGUCUGACCACAGCAUACAUCCUGCCAAUGUGAUCACUCUGACGAUCUUAGUGGUCGUCUUCCUGGUGGGGGUGCCAGGCAACGCCCUGGUCGUCUGGCUGACAGGCUCCGAGGCCAAGCGAGCCAUCAACGCCAUCUGGUUUCUCAACCUGGCAUUGGCCGACCUUCUCUCCUGUCUGGCACUGCCCAUCUUGUUCUCAUCUCUGAUCAUGGACCAACACUGGCCCUUCGGCGAGACUGCCUGCCGCAUCCUGACCUCCCUCAUCCUGUUCAACAUGUUUUCCAGCAUCUUGCUCCUGGCCACCAUCAGUGCUGACCGCUUCCUGCUGGUGUUUAACCCCAUCUGGUGCCAGAAUUACCGGAGCACCCACUUGGCCUGGGUGGCCUGCGGCAUCGCCUGGGGCUUGGGUCUGCUGCUGACCAUCCCUUCCUUCCUGUUUCGGACCGUGUACCACGACCCCUUUUCGGGCAGGGUGCUGUGCGGGGUCGACUAUGGCAAUGACAACAGGCGUAUAGAGAGGGCUGUGGCUAUCACGCGGCUGGUCGUGGGCUUCCUGUGGCCGCUGGCCACCCUCACGAUCUGUUACACCUUCCUCCUGAGCCGGACCUGGAGCCGCAGAGCCACGCGCUCCACCAAGACCCUCAAGGUGGUGGUGGCUGUGGUGGGCAGCUUCUUUGUCUUCUGGCUGCCUUAUCAGGUGACGGGGAUGCUCAUGGCCUUGAACCCCCCUUACUCAGUGCUCUUUAAAAGGGUGUCAGCCUUUGACCCGCUGUGCGUCUCAGUUGCUUACAUCAACUGCUGCAUUAACCCCAUCAUCUACAUGGUGGCCGCCCAGGGCUUCAAAGCUCAAUUCCGCAAGUCCCUCCCUGCCAGGCUCCGGAGUAUGCUGACCGAAGACUCCCUGAGCAGGGAAUCGAGGUCCCAAACAUUGUCCACAAUGGAAAGCUCAGUCCAGAAGAGCCAGGCAGUAUAGGGGGAGGUCACCCAGGCCACCUUCGACCUGGUAUUGCAGCAGCCUCCGUGGCACCAUCUGUCCACUGAUUUUUUUCUGUAAAUUUUAUUAAUUUGCUGUAAAUAAAUUAUUCCAUGACAUAAAGUCACUACCCUGUUUUCACAGGGUGUGGGCACAUGCUAUAUAGUCUUCCGAAGCUUUGGUGACAACGUCCUACCCCCUCCCCCCCAACUUCCCUCUUCAUUGCUCUCCCCACUUCCUCUGGCCAUCACUGUAUUUUUCAGCCCAAGAAUGCGCUUCUUCUGGGCUUUGCUAGUUUAAUUUCUUUGUUUUAUUCUUUUAUAUUCCGCAAGUAAGUGAUGCCAGCUGGUAUCUGCCCUUCACUUUCUAACUUAUUCCCUUGGAAAUACCCUGUGGUUCAGCCACGCCAUUGGUGGGUACUGGCACAAAGGGUAUGGAAACGCUAAUACAAGUUGAGAUCUGUGCCUACGUGUUCAGAGCCAGGUCAUGGAAGCACUCCAAGUGCCCAGCGACAGACGGCUGGGUAAAGAAAUCAUGGAACAGACAUUCAAUUGAAGACUACUUGAUAUUAAAAAAAAGAUGAAAUAGCGUCUCUGGGGACAGCAUGCACUGUUCCUUCUGCUGAUUUUAGCUCAGCCCUGGGAGAGGCGGCAUGGUUGGGUUAAAGUCUAAGU